AUGGAUGCCAUCAAGCAAGUCUUCAAGGCAAAGCACGAUGAAGGCGUCCCAGCGUUGGUGACUUUCGUCACCGCUGGCUAUCCCACGAAGGAGGCCACCGUCCCCAUCAUGCUCGCUAUGCAGAGAGGUGGUGCAGAUAUCAUCGAGCUGGGGGUCCCCUUCUCAGAUCCUAUUGCCGAUGGUCCUGCGAUUCAGGAGUCCAACACCAUUGCAUUAAAAAACGAUAUAGACUAUGUGACAGUGCUGGGACAACUGCGAGAAGCCCGUAAUCAAGGUCUGACCGCUCCAGUCUUACUGAUGGGUUACUAUAACCCUUUGCUUGCUUACGGGGAGGACAAGGCCAUUCAAGAUGCGCGCGAAGCGGGUGCAAAUGGCUUUCUAAUGGUUGACCUUCCUCCGGAAGAAGCCCUUAGCUUCAGAGAGAAAUGUGCUAAAUCAAAUCUCACAUACGUCCCGUUGAUCGCCCCUUCAACAACUCUCUCUCGCAUCGAGUUCCUUGUUUCAAUUGCAGACACCUUUGUUUAUGUCGUUUCAAAGAUGGGAGUAACCGGCUCUUCAGACAAGGUUGCGAUAAACACUUAUCUACCAAACAUCAUCGCUCGGGUUCGGCAAUAUACCUCCGUGCCCAUAUCUGUUGGUUUUGGGGUUGCAAACCGGGACCACUUCAAUUUCGUCGGUGAUUCGGGUGCCGAUGGCGUAGUGAUCGGGAGCAAACUCGUUAGUCUCGUCAAGAGCACACCCUUGGGAGAGGUUCCCGCUAAAGUCGAAGAAUAUUGUCGCUCGAUCACCCAAGGGGAGAGCACCCCUCGAGCGCGUGCGCCCUUGGCUGAAGAAGCUCGUCUCACCUCACCUGAAGUCAAUGCCAAUCGCGACACUACGGCCAAGACCUCAGUAUCAGAGAACGUUCUCCCACCAAGGUUCGGUCAAUUCGGAGGUCAAUACGUCCCAGAAUCGCUUGUCGACUGUCUGGCCGAAUUGGAGGAAGCCCACAAAACUGCCAUGGCCGAUCCAGAGUUCUGGAAAGAGUUCCAAAGCCAUUACGGCUACAUGAACCGCCCGUCUGGUAUCUAUCUUGCGGAAAACCUUACAAAACAUGCAGGUGGUGCUAAAAUCUGGCUUAAACGCGAAGAUCUAAACCAUACUGGUUCACACAAAAUAAACAACGCCAUUGGUCAGAUAUUACUUGCUCGCCGGCUAGGGAAGAAGCGAAUUAUUGCCGAGACUGGUGCUGGACAGCAUGGGGUGGCGACGGCUACAGUUUGUGCCAAGUUCGGCCUUGAGUGUAUAAUCUACAUGGGUGCGGAGGACGUGAGACGCCAGGCUCUGAACGUUUUCCGAAUCCGCAUGCUUGGUGGGAAGGUUAUACCGGUGCAUUCUGGAUCAUGCACUCUCAAAGAUGCUGUCAACGAAGCUAUGAGGGAUUGGGUUACCAACCUCUCCACUACGCAUUAUCUUGUAGGGUCGGCCAUUGGACCCCAUCCGUUCCCAACCAUCGUGCGAGACUUCCAGAAAAUCAUAGGGCAGGAAAUCAAGCAACAGAUGAAAGAGGCCAGAGGCAAGCUUCCUGAAGUCGUUGUGGCUUGCGUAGGUGGCGGAAGUAAUGCAAUCGGGACAUUCUACGAUUUCAUUCCGGACACCUCUGUUCGCCUUGUAGGCGUCGAAGCUGGCGGAGAGGGUCUUGAUGGAGAUCGCCACAGUGCGACGCUUUCCAAGGGCAACCCUGGAGUCCUACACGGCGUGCGAACGUACAUUCUACAGUCAUCCGCUGGUCAGAUAAUAGAGACCCACUCCAUCAGCGCUGGUCUUGACUAUCCUGGCGUUGGACCUGAACACGCCUGGCUGAAGGACUCUGGUCGUGCAGAGUACGUCGUCGCCACGGAUGAAGAGGCGUUGAGGGGUUUCCGCAUGUUGACACAGAUGGAAGGUAUUAUCCCCGCACUGGAAUCCUCCCAUGCCAUCUGGGAGGGCGUUCGCCUUGCUGGCACGUUGCCCAAGGAAUCAGAUAUCGUCAUUUGCCUGUCAGGUCGUGGCGACAAAGAUGUUGAACAAAUAUCAGAACUCUUGCCUAAGUGGGCUGACAAGCUCGACUGGCACGUCAGCGAGUAA